AUGGCGGGAGCUGUGGAUUUGAGGACGGCGCUCGCCUGGGGCAAAAAGGCGGAGAACUGGGUGCCCUGGAUGUGGAGCCGUCGUGUGUGUGAAGAGCUGGGUGACCCUGUUGCGGCCGAGCGCUGCGCCGGCUGGCUUGCGCUCCAUGGCAAGGAGUGGGCCGCCGCACGGUGCCUGGACUGGCGCAAGGAGUUCGCCGGCGAGCUCGAGCGACGUUUCGGACUGCAGUGUGGCGGUGGCCAGGUGGUCUGCUGGACUGAGGAGGAGGCUGAUGACGCCAUCUCUCGUACUUUGGACGAAGGUUGGCCCGGGGUCUUUGUCAAGGCCGAACAUGGCUGGGCCGGGCAGGGCAACAAGCGCCUGCGCAACGCAGACACUGAGGCUGCCCAGCGCCACUUCCGCCGCUGGCUGGCGCGGCGCCUGCGCCAGGGACCCGUGGUGGUGGAGCCGGCUGCCAGGCAGCACCUUCGGCGCGGUACGGAGUGCGACCGAGUACUGGACUUCUCUGUGCAGCUGGACGUGUGCAGCACAGGAAAGACAGAGAUCAUGAGCAAGAACGUCUUCCGAUGCGAUGGCCGGGGCGCGUUCCUCGGGGCCGAGGUGGGCGAGCACGACUGGGAGGAUGCCUGGGUGUGCGCCUUCAGCCACAACACUGCGCGCGUGUCCGAUGGCGCUGACGCCUGCGAGCUGGCAGACUUCACAGCCUCGACCUUGGCCGCCACGGUCGGCCGUCGACUCGCAUCCGCGGGUUACGCGGGCCCCUGCGGGGUCGACGGCUUUCUCUAUCGGCAUCCUGACACGGGGCUGCUCACACUCCGCCCCAUCUCGGAUGUGAACCCCCGCCAGACGAUCACGCGCGUUGCGCAGGUGGUUGCGAACCGCUUGCCGGAGGACGUUUUGGGCCGAUCCGUGGGGCUUCGCCUCCUGCCCCGAGCGCGCGCGGAAGCUCUUUGGGCCAGGAGAUCGGAGGCAGUCUGCAGCGCCAGCGAGGCGUUCGUGGAGCUGCCAGCAAAGGUGCUGGACAACGAGUUCGGAGUCGCGGCGCCUGUGCAGCGUGCAACUGCCAUGGACAGCACGCGGCUCCGCGUGCUGCCCCUGACGCCGCUUGGGGAGGCAGCCCGACCCGGCCUGGCCGCGCUGCUCAUAACCGGGGUCGCCGGGGACGAGACUGCCAGCGUGCGCGCCGCAAGGGAUGGUAGGCGCGCCAAGGCCGCGGUGGAGGUGCGCCACUUUGCCGAGGGCCUGCUUCUCCGAGGCUCCCUUGAGGAGAAGCUGGAGCCACCGCCCCAGGAGCUCCUGGAGGCUCUCAAAGGGCCUGGUCUCGGCGGUCAAGCGGUCGAGUCCCUCGACAUCGAGUGGCCGCAGCGCGACGAAGACAUUGCCAUUUGCCGAGGCCUGAAGGGCGGUAGCGACCAGCUGCCCAAGAUGGGCAAGAUCCUGUCGUCCCUUGAGGCCCGGGUGCAGUGCCUGCAGAAGUUUGCGAACCACGAGCUGCAAGCUAUUGAGAUGUUUGCCUGGGCCCUGCUCCGCUUCCCAGAGGCCCCGAGAGGGCUGCAGCGCGGGUUGCUGAAGACCAUCCGUGAGGAACAGUCUCACUGCCGCCUGUACCUGGACCGCGUUGCCACCCUGGCUCCCGAAACUCCACCGAUGGGCGCGGCUCCCUUGUCGGGCUACCUCUGGCGCAGCCUUGCCGCUGUGGACUCGGCGCCCGAGCCCCUGGAGGCCUUCCUCUGCGGCGUAGGCCUGACCUUCGAGGCUGCCAACUUGGACCAUUCCCUCCGCUACCGCGACAUCUUCCAGCAGGCAGGAGACGACGGAAGCGCCGCGGUGCUGCAGCGCGUGCACGACGAGGAAGUUGAGCACGUGCGCCUGGCCCACGUGUGGCUCCGGCGCCUGGCCGAGGCGCGGGGCUUGGCCGAGUUGGACGACCUGGCGCUGUACGAGCGUUUUGCUGCCAAGCCCGUCUUCGCCUUGUGCAAGGCCCGCGGACGUGGCUUUCCUGCCAUCGCCGCCCGAAGGAAGGCUGGUCUGUCGGAGGCCAUGAUCGCAGCCGUGAGACAUGCCAAGUCUCAACGCAGACCGAUCGCAGUGGGCCCAGCAGUCUGCUCGUCUGCUGACGGCCGGUAA